UCAGCCUCCUGACUAGCUGGGAUUACAGGCGUGAGCUACCAGCACCAGGCUGGGCAGUCGUUAGAGCUAACAAAAGAACUGGGCCCCAGGGCUAGCGGACAAGAGAGAGAGAGGGAGGGAGUAGAGCCCUCCCCCCUCCCCCAACAUGGAACCCAAUGGGACAGCCCCUUCCUUUUGUCUAGAUUCCACCCCUUUCAAGGUCGCUCUUAGCGUGGUCCUCACUGUCCUCAUUCUGAUCACCGUGGCUGGCAACGUGAUCGUCUGUCUGGCUGUGAGCUUGAACCGCCAUCUCCAGAAUCUGACCAACUGCUUUAUCGUGUCUUUGGCCGUCACCGAUCUACUUUUGGGGCUCCUGGUGCUUCCUUUCUCUGCCGUCCACCAGCUGUCUUGCAGGUGGAGCUUCGGGAGCAUCUUUUGCAAUAUCUACACUAGCCUAGAUGUGAUGCUGUGCACGGCCUCCAUCCUCAACCUCCUCAUGAUCAGCCUGGACCGCUAUUGUGCUGUCACGGACCCACUGAGGUACAACGUGCUGGUCACCCCGAUCCGCGUGGCCAUCUCGCUGGUGUUCAUCUGGGUCAUUUCCAUCACUUUGUCUUUCCUGUCCAUUCACUUGGGCUGGAACAGCAGGCCCGAGGCCAGCAGGCUGAACAACACCACAGACCAAUGUAAGGUCCAGGUAAACCCAGAGUACGGGUUGGUGGACAGUCUGGUGACCUUUUACCUGCCGCUGGUGGUCAUGUGUGUCACCUACUACCGGAUCUUCAAGAUCGCCCGGGAUCAGGCCAAAAGGAUCAACCACAUUAGCACGUGGCAGGCCGCCACAGUGCGGGAACAUAAGGCCACCGUGACACUGGCGGUCGUGUUGGGGGCUUUCAUUGUCUGCUGGUUCCCGUACUUUACCGUCUUCGUCUACCGAGGCUACAACGGAGACAUCAACCAGGUGAUCGAGGCCGUAGUGCUGUGGCUGGGCUAUGCCAACUCGGCCCUGAACCCCAUCCUCUAUGCAGCCCUCAACAGAGACUUCCGCACCGCCUACCAGCGAUUGUUCCGCUGCAGGCCGGCCAGCCGGCCAGCCCCUGCCACGUAUCUGAGAGCUAAUCAUUCUCUGAUGGACAGAUGCCAAAGGCAAGAGCUCAAGGGUCUCGGGGAGAAGUCCCUGAAACUCCAGGUGUGCAGCAGUGGGAAGGAAAUCCCAGCUUCCCAAGGAGACACAGACAGGAGGCCGGCUCUGUCCUGUACCACCUGCUCCAGCAGUCUCUUGAGCUGCUGCAAGAGUCUGUGGGGGCUCGGGAUCCUCCAGAGACCCCCAGGAAGCCCCCCGGAAGAGCUAUCCUCAGAGGCAUCACUGUCUGGGGAGACGGAGAGAGAGUCCUCCAAAGAAGUCCUGCAGGCCCUGCCCUCGAAGACUGUCUAGACCUGGGCCAGGCACUGGAGACACCGCUCCUGAUCCCUGCGACAUCACCCCUGGAGCCCUCAGCACCCAGCACCCCCCAAAAAAAACUACUCGGGAAGAGCCUUCGGGGGAUGGGGAGGGCGCUGUCAGCCUCCGCCCCAGGGUGGACCAGGCUGCCGAGUCCAACAUGGCCCGACAGGAGUCCAGCCUUUUCUGGGCUGAACACCACAGAUCAGUGUUCACGACAGUGCUGGCCCUCGACAUGCGCAGAGAUGGCCGGACAGCAAGCAUGUACGCAUGCGUGUAUGUGAGGGUGACAUGGAUGAACGUGUGUGUGUGUGUGUGUGUGUGUGUGUGUGUGUGUCCUCCAAGCUGGACAGAGCAGGAGGCUGCAGGAUAGAGGAUGGGGAGGGGAAGGGAAAGGAAGGCACAAAAACUGCCUUACUGUGUACUAGGUGGGUCAGUGGCAUAAGCUCUUGAUACACAUGUAAGGUUUCAGAGGGAGAAACUGAGGCUCAGGGAAGUAUAGGGCCCACCUGAGGUCACUCAGGCAAGAUGUGUGUGUGGAGCAUAGGAGAGACUCAAUAUUUUUCGGAUGGGUGGGUGGGUAGAUGGAUGGAUGAGUGGAUGGGUAG